AUGAUGGACAGUCUCCUUAUGAAACAAAAGAAAUUCCUGUACCACUUCAAGAACUUGCGAUGGGCCAAAGGUCGUCAUGAAACAUACCUUUGCUAUGUGGUGAAAAGGCAGAACAGUGCCACAUCUUGCUCCCUUGAUUUUGGAUAUCUGCGAAAUAAGUCCGGUUGCCAUGUUGAAGUUCUCUUCCUGCGAUACAUUUCUACCUGGGAUCUGGACCCAAGACACUGCUAUCGGAUCACCUGGUUCACUUCCUGGAGCCCUUGUUAUGACUGUGCCCGGCAUGUGGCUGACUUCUUGUGUGCAUAUCCUAACCUAACGCUGCGCAUUUUUGCUGCCCGGUUGUAUUUCUGCGAGGAACGCAAUGCUGAGCCUGAAGGGCUACGGCGUCUCCACCGGGCAGGAGCUCAGAUUGCCAUCAUGACCUACAAAGAUUACUUUUACUGCUGGAGUACCUUCGUUGAGAACCGCAAGACAACCUUCAAGGCUUGGGAAGGGCUUCACGAGAAUUCGGUGCGUCUUGCUAGAAAGCUGCGCCGUAUCCUUUUGCCACUUUACGAAGUUGAUGAUCUGCGAGAUGCCUUCCGGAUGCUUGGACUUUAAGAUGCUGAGAUGGUGGGUGACAUGGGGAAAAGUGUCCAGUCUCCAGUCAGCAAUGGUCAGGGCUCUUUGUCCCACUUUUUCCUUUGUGACUUCUGUGAGUGUUGGCAUUCUGAGCAAAUUUGUCUUUCUGGGGACGAAAAUGAGAAAGACUCUCUGAGAUUAUGUGCAUUUUUUUGCAUACAAGGGCUUGUGUCCUGCUCCUUUUUGGAGGAAAGUAAAGUCAGUGAAAUCAUGGGAUCCUCUUGAUACCUGUUAGUGAGGGCAGCUAGA